CCCACACUGCCCCCACCCCAUCUUUUCUCCCCUUCUCUGCCCGACAGGCCAGUGCCCCCACAUCGCUUCUGUGCCUCCUCGCGGCGCCUCCUCGCUGCUAUGCUGUGACUCAUCUUGUCGAUUCUCUGCUGUGACACAUUCUUAUCGGCUUUCCUCGUCGCCUUGCCCCCUCGUUUGCCGUCUCGCCAGCCACCUGCCCCUCAGCUCACCUCAUUACUAGAAAGCUAGAAAUCUGGAAUCUCGCUUGCCUCAUCUCACCUCUAUAAAAUAUUCUUGCUUGGGAUUCAUGUUGUUGAUGGGUCUUCUUGUACGUUGAUAUUGUUUUGGGUUUUCAAUUUCACCAACACAGAAAUUGAUUACUCGGGAUUCAUAUCCACAAAUCAAAGCUACAAAUUGCAAAGAUGGGGAAGGUAACUUAUAAGAGAUUCAAAGGCAGCCAAAACCUCCGCCUGAGACUGCUAUUAGCAACCCUCUCUGCCACUCCUGUUCUUAUCGAGGACAUUCGCGCUGAUGAGACACUGCCAGGCCUCCGACCCCAUGAGAUCUCCUUCCUCCGCCUCCUUGAGAGAGUCUCUGAUGACUGCCUCAUUGAAAUAAAUGAAACUGGCACGAAGCUUAAAUACAAACCUGGAAUCGUGAUGGGUGGGAAACAUCUUGUGCACGAUUGUGGUGUUAGUCGAUCAAUUAGUUAUUUCCUAGAGCCAUUGGUUGUUCUUGGGUUGUUUGCAAAGAAAUCCCUUAUGGUAAGACUCAAAGGAAUUACAAAUGAUUCAAAGGAUCCAUCUGUUGACACUUUUCGCUCUGCUACCUUACCAAUGUUGAGGCAAUUCGGAGUUCCUUCAGAAGGAUUGGAACUAAAAAUAGAGAGUCGUGGUGUUCCACCUCAUGGAGGUGGAGAAGUUGUUUUAUCGAUUCCUAUUGUUCAAAGUCUAGAGGCAGUGACCUGGUCUGAUGAGGGAAUGGUUAAGAGGAUUAGAGGAGUCACUUUCUCAACCAGGGUAUCCUCUCAGUUUGAAAAUACUAUGAUACAUGCUGCCCGUGGUAUCUUUAAUCGUUUGCUUCCUGAUGUUCAUAUAUUUACUGAUCAUAAAGCUGGCCCUCAAGCUGGAAAUUCUCCUGGUUAUGGGAUUUCCUUGGUUGCCGAAACUACCUCUGGCUGCUUCAUCUCUGCUGAUACAGCAGUUUCUUAUGUGCGGGGGAAUGAUAUAGAUGAAAUGGAAGAUGAAAAGGAGUUGAUGCCUCCAGAGAAUGUUGGUGAGCAAAUAGCUUCUUUUCUUCUUCAGGAGAUUGAGCAAGGUGGAGUUGUAGAUUCAACACACCAGGGUCUAUUGUUUCUUCUCUGUGCUAUGUGUCCUCAAGAUGUGUCAAAGAUUCGUGUGGGAAAGCUUUCACCGUAUGGAAUAGAAACUCUGAGACAUAUUAAAGAUUUUCUGGGGGUUAAGUUUGUUAUUAAGCCAGACCCAUCAACAGGGACAGUUAUACUCAAAUGUGUGGGAAGUGGAUUGAAGAACCUCUCAAGAAAGAGCUCAUAAUGAUUGAUCAGUUACUACAUGAGAUAAUGAUUCUUUGUCAGAGGAUGGGCUUUUUGUAGACUCCUUUAUGAGACGGCUUAAUGUGGAGUAGAAAACUUGCAGCUUCAUGAAAUCCAUCUCCUUCAAAUUUUGUUUUCUCAUUAGCCCUUAAGCAUAAGGGGAGAGCACCUACUCUUUUUUAUUCUUGUUUAAUCAUUAUUUAUUUUAUUUCUUCUUUUCUUUAAUCUUAUCUUUAAUACAUCAUUUUAAUUUAUAGUAGACGAAAACCUGGUUGUUCAGUGAGCAAAAUUCGGGCAAUUGUGUGGCCUUGCCAGUGGAGUUUUGUUGGGCUUGGUGUUUGUGCUUCCUUUAGUUUAUUUGUAAAAGUAGGAACAUUCAGUUGCGUUAUGUUUGGAAUAUUUGGGUUUAUGCUUUAGUAACAUGUUUGACAAAGGAGUUAAAAUAAUGAAUUAGAAUAAUUAUUGGGAUUAA